AUGGAGGAAUUUUCUACAAGAGAUCGCAGUGAAAUAGAAGGAGAACUUUCAAAUUAUGUAAACUCUUUAAUAGAACCCUUGGAGAGCGAUCCAAUAGAGUCUUGUAGGUAUGAGGCAUCUACUAAAAAGCGGAUUAGUUUAACUACAGUAUCUAAUGAAGAAUAUAAAGGCAAUCAAUGGAUAGUUGGAGCUAACGCACUUGAUGACCUUCGUGAUAUUGUUAAGUUGGUAAAGAGAGAUAUUGAAGGGGGGAGUGAGUCCCAGAGGCAUGCUAUAUUUUUACUAGGGGAAUGGAAUAUAGUAAAAUCAAAGAUUUUACCAUUAUGGAAGUUAAGUGAUGAUAAUAUAGAUGUACAAAGUUUAAUAAUUCAGUUGUUAUUUUGGCUUACAUUACCUCCAGAUGAAAAUUGGCGUAAAUAUCAUGAGAAAUCUGCAAUAUUCAAUACAUAUCUUAAAUAUCAACAGCAAGUUAAGGCAGCACUAUGCUGUGAAAAAUUUUGGUUAGGAAUAGUCCAUUUCUAUAAAAAACUAACUGAAUUUAUUGAUUUGAAAGGUUAUUUCCCAUAUGAAUUUGAUUUGCUUAAAGAGAAGCAAGAUGAGUUAAUUAAACUUCGAGAAGUAGAUAAUUCUAUUGUAACCAACAACUUUACUCCUGAAACUAAUAAUAUAUGUAGUUUAAAUUUAGAUACUGAAGAUGAGUAUUCGGGUGGUGAUAGAAAAGAGGUUUACGAAGAUAAAGGAAGAUUUGAAAGACUUGAGAUGAUCUGCUCCUUAAGAGAUGAUAUACGCGAGAUAAACAAUCGUGCUGAACAUCGGGCAUAUUUAUAUAGAAAUCGUAUGAAAGUUGUGAAAGCUUUAAUAAUUCAGCUCUUAAAAAUAAGAGAUCCAAAUGUAAUGGAUUCGAUAAGGCUAUUUGGUAAGAAAUCACUUCAUUUAACAUUAGUAUAUUAUUUAAUUAUCGAAGGAAUUUUGGAUAUAUUUGAAGAUGACUGUAAAGAAUUGAUUGGACAGUUAAAGAAACAAAGGAAUUCAGAAACUACUUUGGUAGAUCCUUGGCAUUUAUUAGAUCUAAUAUAUGGAAUAGUAUGUAGGAUUCAACCGAGUAACUAUGUCGAUAUACUUUUCGGAAGAUCCAUCGGUAAAAAUAAUAAGUUAGAUUUAAAGUUACUUUAUAAAGAAAACCUUUCGAAGACAUUCAAUUCAAUUUUUCCUUUACCAAUUAUGAAAAGGCACUCUAAUUUUAACCCUGAAUUAGCUAGAAGAAGAAUAAGGGAAAAUAAAGGUGACCUAUGUACAAGUACUACAGUAAAGUCUGUAAAGGUCUCACGUCCCCCUAAAUAUAAGUAUUUUUCUGAUAUAGAUGAAAAAUUUGAAUAUAUAGAUAUUUUAAUUGGUCCUAUGCAAUCUGCAACAAAUAAUAUUUCUGGUAAUAAUGAUCAUUUUGUGAAUUUAACUGAAGUAUUUGACGAAUUUAAUAGGCCAUCUUUUAGCUUUAAAAGUUUAAUUGCAACUUUAGGUGAAUAUUUAGAACGUUUUAUAGCAAAAACUUUGCCUGUAAUAUUGGAAAAACUUUUUUUAGAUGUUAGAAAUAGUAGAGACAAUUAUAACCAAUGGGAUAUUAUUCGCCUAUUAAGUUUAAUGACAUGGAUUUUAUCUUACAAACGUGGAGUUUUCUUAGAGUCAAUAAAAGAUGACAACAGUGAUGCUGCUGUUACUGAUGAGCUUGCAAGGCUGCUUAAAGAAACAAAGUGCCUCGUUGAUAUUGAUCUUCAUGGCUCAGUUUCAUUUGCUCAUGAAAUAUUAAGGAAAUAUAGUAGAGAAACUUUACUAAAGAACAAGUCUGAUAAAGUAACAAGAGUCGUUUUGCGAUUUGUAAAUGAGCAAUUUAAAAUUAUUGAUUUGACUAAUAAUUCUAAUAACUCUUCUAUUAAGCAAAUAGGUUUUGCAACUGUAUCUUAUAUAGUUAAAUUAGAUAUAAUGAGUGAUUUAUCCUGGAUACUAAAAAACUUUUCAGUUUCAUCACAUCAUCCCGAAUUAUUACUUUAUUCAAUAGAGGUAAGUAAUCGUUUAAUCAAACUUAUUGGGAACUUAGGUGGGUCAGCAGUUGUUCAAGUAGCAAAAAAAAAACGGGAAUAUGAUAAAAAUAGUGAAAAAUAUGAUGAUGAAGAUUAUAUUGGGAAUGAAAAUUUUAUCUUUGAUAAAAAUAAAAUAGAAGAUGACAAUAAAGAAAGAAUCAGAAUUAUGAAUUUAGAUGAUAUUUUAGAGGAAUUUUGUGAUGGAAGAGUUAUUGCAAAUAUAAUGAUGUUGGUUAAAAAGUAUAGAAUAAAUCAUUCGAAUGUUAAUUGGCAUAUUUCCAGAUUUGCUAGAAAAUUGAUAACAUCUCGUCCUCCUGGAGAUCUUGAAAAAGGUGAAUCUGGUGAAACUUUGCAGCUUAACUGUGGUUUAUUUUUUCAGCUAUCCUACUUUAUUACCUUUUCAAAUAUUCUGGCAGAUAGAGAAUUUUCUAAAAUGAACAAGGAUGAAGGAGCUCGAGAUAUUAUUCGUUUAGCAAGGCAUGUUGUACAUCAAUUCUGGAUAACUGCUAAAUUAAAUCCUUUUAUUUAUAUUGAACUCCUUUUUUCCAAACAUUCUCCAAGAGGUAUGGGUCUAGCUGAUCCUGAAAGACUUAGAUCUUUAUUUACAAAUUAUACAAAAGGAAUUGAUUCUUUUAUAGUAGAUAGAAUGACGAAUUUAGGAACUAAUGCAUCUGAAGCUAGAAGUCAUGUAAAAUCAACGAGAAAUAAAUCUAAAGCUAAUCUUGCCAUUUGGACUGCCGAAGAAGAUGAGGAGCUGAAAGAUCUAUUUAUAAAAUAUAGAGAUAGUCCUCAAUGUAUUGCAAUUAUAUCAGGAUUUCUUUCAGUUACCAGAUCUGAGAGACUUGUAAAAAAACGUCUAACUGAAUUGGGACUUAUAGAGUCCAAUGAUAAAGAAAUAAAUAUUAAUAAUUUAAACUCAAAUAAUCAUAUACCAGAGAGCAAAUUAAAGUCUUUUCCAAUACUUGGUGCUGUGAUGGCCUUUAAAGAUAUCUCUCGAGAAGAACUGAUUGAUCAUGAAGAUGACAAUUCUGUAGAGUUUGAUCCCAAGAUAAUUUUAGAGGAACUUUGUAAUAUUACAGAAGAACUACAUUCUACUAGAGAUUUGCUUGAAGAUUUAGAUGAUAUUCCACUUGAAAUGCCUACUUCAGCUCCUAUUUCACUUCUUAAUCAUCCAGCAUAUGUCGCAAUACUAAAAAUAAUGGGUUUUAAAGAGCCUGAAGAUAAUUUUUCAUUAUGGAGCAUUCCUAAGCAAGUUUCUCAAGAUGAACUACUUUUUAAAUUACAAAAAAUAAAGGAAUUAGUACCUCUUAAUAACUCGGACAUAUCUGCAAUGAUAAAAGAUAAUACUAAUAAUGAAUUAAAUAAUAUGAUUCAAAAGUCUUCAGAUAAUAAUGCAUUUACUACUAUUAACUUAGAGAAUGUUUUAAUCAAUUUUUUAGAGCAUCCAGAUACUACUGGGAAAAUAUUAAAGCCACUAAUACAUAACUUUCAAACUGAUAAUGGUUUACUACACUUUAUUAUAUUUGAACUUUCUAAUCUGGUUAAUUCAAAGUACUCUGAAAUUGACUGGAAAAAUUUAUUAAUUGAACAAAGAAUUAUUUGGAUAUCCCAAGAAUACUUUGAAUCACUAGGAAUACAGAGUAAUGCAAGAAAAGUUCGUCAAUCUAAAAUAUUAAGUGAUUUACUAAUUAUUUUAGGAUGUAAACUUGUAAAUAUUUCUAAAGAUGAUAAAUCAUAUAUCAGUUUAUUCAAAGGAAUUAAUAUACCUUCUUUAAAUACUGAUAGUAAUUCUAUAAACCUAUUUAACUCAGAUGAUGAAGAAAAUAAAUGUUAUGAGUAUGAAGAACAUUGGGUAUUAGAUGUAGAAUCAAUAUCACAAGCAGAGCUUGCAGAGCGAAUAGAUACUCUCAAGAAGUUGGUACCUAAAGUGAUAAAAUCUUUUGAACAAAUUAUUGAAGAAAGUGACAAACAUAAUACAUCUAGGAAACUCAAAAUAUCGAAGAGUACAAUUGCUGGCAUUACUAAAAGUAUUUUAGACCUAAAAAUAAAUGCCCCAGAUAUGAUAAAGGAAUAUAUUGAGAUUAUUUACAAUUUUAUGAACAAAUCAACAAAUCAAGACUCUACUAGUAGUAUGAAUAGUAAUGAUGAAUACUUAAUAACACUACCUAUAUCUGAGAAUUCCAUCGAGUCUCUAGAACGCUUGUUGAAAGUUCUGAAUGGAGUGAAAAUAUAUCAUGACUUGAAAAUAGCUAAAUGGUCAUUCAACUUAUUAGAUCAAACGGAUAUGAAAGACUUUGCAGCAAUUUCAAAGGUUUUAAGACGUCUUGGUGAAUUAGAUUUAGAAUCCUUGCAAAUGCUAGCUUCUGAAAUUUGUUGCACGAGGAAAAGAAAAAUGAAGAGAAAAGAUACUAAAUAUAAGACUAUUUUUAAAACUAAAAAAGUAAAAACUAGAGAACUAUCGAAGGAUAAAAUAAAUAAUAUUACAAAUAAUAUAAUUAGUACAUGUAGUAGUAAUGAGGAUUCGCCGCAUAUUGAAGAUUCAGUAAUUACUGAUGAAGAUUCCCAAAUUCUACUUUGGAAUGAUAAUGAUAAAGAGAACUGGGAAAAUGAAUGGAAUGAGAUUGAAAAACGAAUGAGAUCAAUAGCACAAGCUGAUAUAGAUUUAGAUUUCGAUGAUUUAGAUGUUUCCAGAGAUAUAUUCUGUAGAGAAUAA